AUGGACGGCUGCGUCCAUGAGCUGAUCGCAGAACGGGCGUCUUCCCAACCUGACGCCCCAGCCAUCUGCGCCUGGGAUGGUGAACUGACAUAUGGCGAGCUGGACCAGCUAGCCGCGAGACUGGCGCAUCGUUUGGUUGACGAGGGUGUAGGCCCUCGAAUCCUUGUCCCUCUGUGCUUUGAGAAAUCGCUGUGGGCAACCGUUGCCAUGCUUGGUGUGCUCAGGGCCGGCGGUGCCUUUGUUUUCCUGGAUCCGUUGCAGCCAGUAGCCCGCCUUGCUGCAAUCAUGGAGCAGACCAAGUCAGAGUUACUUCUUUCAUCAAGAACUAAUUUUGACCUCUCUUGUCGCCUAUCAGGGCGGGUGUUAACCGUCGACAAGGGCCUCAAAGUUACUGACGCAACUGAGUCUUAUGAUAAGAAAACCAACAUAGAUGUCAAUCCCUCAUCGACCAUGUAUGUGGUAUUUACUUCCGGAAGCACAGGGAGACCCAAAGGUGUCGUGAUCUCCCAUCGAGCUUUCACCACUGCUCUUCAUUAUCAAUGCACUCCUCAGGGGUAUCAUGCCAAAGCGAGGGUGUACGAUUUUCCCUCCUACACGUUCGACGUUGCCGUCAGCCACACUCUCUUUACUUUAAGCUGUGGUGCUUGUUUGUGUGUACCAUCAGAACAAGAACGGAAAGACAUGCUCGAAGAGAGCAUUAUCAAAUACGAUGCUAAUUUCAUUUAUCUGACGCCGUCAAUUCUACGACUGUUGCGAAAAGAUCAUAUGCCAACCAUCAAUACUAUUCUGAUAACGGGUGAGACUCUCACAUACGAACAAGCGCAGGAGUACUUAGGGGGACGUCUUUUAGUGAAUGGAUAUGGACCGGCCGAGUGCACACCAGUGAGUGUCAUUAGCAGUUCGAGGACAUGCGCGAACACUGUCGCAAAGAUUGGAUAUGGGUUUGGAGCCGUCACUUGGGUAGUUGACCCUAGCAAUCACAACAUCCUCAUGCCAAUAGGUGCUACAGGAGAGCUAUUGCUUGAAGGGCCAUUGUUGGGCGAGGGUUACCUAGACGACCCUUUGCGAACCGCGUCCGCCUUUAUCAAUGAUCCACCAUGGCUGCUGCAAGGAGCUAGUGGCUACCCCGGGCGUUGUGGGCGCCUGUACAAAACUGGGGACCUGGUCCAGUAUGAUCAAGAGGGUAGACUGGUCUUCAUUGGACGCAAAGAUACACAGGUGAAGAUCCGCGGUCAGCGGAUCGAGCUGGGUGAAGUAGAGCAUCACAUCCGCGAGUGCCUCCCAGAGGUUAUCCAGGUCGCGGCCGAGGUCAUCGUCCCGGCUGGUGAGCGUGCUAAUUCUAUGUUGGCCGCUUUCCUCGUCACCGACCCUACAAGUCAAGCCUGUGAACAAACCCGGCCUGUCGCUCCUAUCACAGCGUUCUCGGCAUCCGCCUCCAUCGAAGACGCACUUGCCGAACGCCUGCCUAGCUACAUGGUACCAACUCUUUUUUUUACCAUCCCGGAUAUGCCUAUCAGCACGACUGGCAAGACCGAUCGUAAACGCCUUCGCGAGCUCGGAGCUUCAUUUUCCGUCACCCAGCUUGCUCGGCUCCAUGGCGCUGUCGACGGCGAGAAGCGUGCCCCCACUACCGAUCUCGAGCGUACGCUGCAACAACUCUGGGCUCGCGUGCUCAACAUCGAUCCGGCCACCAUCGGGCUUGAUGACAGCUUUUUUCGCCUCGGUGGCGAUUCUAUCACCGCAAUGAAGUUAGUAGGGUUAGCUCGUCAGCAUAGGCUCACCCUUUCCGUAGCCGAAAUCUUCCGUCAUCCUACAAUCGCCUGCUCGGCUCGCGCUUAUUCUGAUGGGCACCAUCCGCUCCCUCCAAAUAUCUUGCCUGUGGCCCCUGCCCCAUAUUCGCUGCUUUCUCCUGGUACUUAUCAUCAGCUUCAGUCGAACAAACUUUUGUCUUUGUUUAUGGGUAGUAGCAAUAUCUUCGACGUGCUUCCUGUUACAUAUUUCCAAAACCAAACACUACGAUCUAGCAUUUCGUCCUCCAUGCAACGGUUUAACUAUUGCUAUUUUGAUCUCGGCUGUUCUAUUUCCAUUGCUCAGCUUUCGUCUGCUUGUCAAGGCCUGGUGUCCCACUACCCGACUCUCCGAUCCGUUUUUGUUUCUCUUGGACAACAGCGUUGCCAGGUCAUUCUAAAGGAUUUCCAUCCCUCACUACCAUUGUUCCAUAAAGAUGGUGACUUGUCUGAUGCUACAAAAGACAUUAUUGAAGCGGACUCUUCUCGUCCUGUCGAUGUCGGUCUUCCAUUUACGUCCUUCGCUCUCCUUUGCCACAGUACCCGAGGCUAUCGUUUAAUCAUGAGACUCUCUCACGCGCAAUAUGAUGGAAUAUGUCUUCCCACUAUCUUCUCAUCACUCCUUUCUGCGUAUACGAACCGGCCUCUUCCCAGACUGGUCGACUUCUCUAUUUAUCUAUCCUACAUUGCCGCCAUUCGCCCGGCUUCAAUACAUUACUGGUCAGAUUUACUUGCGGGCUCCCGAGCGACUCGUGUUCUACCGAUUCUGAAUCCGCGUGGCAUCAAUUUCUCUGAGGUUACGAAGUCCGAAGCACAGCUAUGCAUAUCUGUGCUCCCUUUCCGUGGAGAUUUCACCAUUGCAUCAACUAUAACUUCAGCUUGGGCCAUAAUUCUCUCCUCGAUCACUGGUGAUAUGGAUAUUACCUUCGGUCGCCUUGUUGCCGGAAGAAACGCCGCUAUUCCUGGUAUUCAAGACGUCGCCGGUCCCUGUGUCAACAUUGUGCCGGUUCGUGUGCUUGUUGAUCUCAAGGAAACAGCUAGCGACCUACUCAACGCGGUGCAAUAUCAGCAUGUUAAGCUCGGCCAGUCUGACUCUCUUGGGUUGGAUGAGAUCAUCGAGCAUUGCACGAACUGGGAAGGAUCAACUUUUGAUUCUAUUUUGCAGCAUCAAGGUCUUGACGACGAACCAUUAUUCGCCUUCAACGACGGGUCUGUGAAAAUCCAAUGGCACAGACCAGAAGAUAUUGGGCCUCCCCAAAUAAACGUUUUAUCAACCCUCAACGGCGAUCAAGUCAACAUUGCUGUGUCAGGAAGAAUUGGCUUCCUUGGCAUCGAAAGCGCGGAAGCGCUUCUGUCCGCGUUAGCCAAAUGUAUUUCUGCACUGACAAGUAAGCCCGAUCAGCCUCUGACGGAAUGGAUACCUUCACUAUGGCCUUCUAAAGUGGUCGGAGGCCCUAGGUGA